CUAAGACAAGAUUGGAGGGAGCACGAAGCUGCAACCAAUCCUAGCAGAUAAUCCUAGCAGCGAGCGGGCCAGCAACCUGUAACCAAAUUACAGUUUAGCUGGGUUUGCACUCCUGCUCGCAUGGCGGUCACGGUCUCUCAAGAAGCAGCAAUGGAUUCUGCCGCAUCUUCUUCUGAGGGGCCGCACCAUCAGGAUCCUGACUGGGAGAGACUUCUUUUUGAGAGCCGCCUAGGUUCGGUGCUGGUUCUGCCAGCCUCUAGCAGCCCUGAAACUGACCGCGCGGUAGACGUCAGCAUGCGGGGCGCCAAGGGCGCAAAGGCGCUGAUCCACCCCGAGUUCCGCAUCUUCAUAGGCUAUGACGCGAAAGAGGAUGUGGCGUUCCAAGUCUGCAAGCAGUCCAUUCUGAAGCACGCCAGCGUCCCUGUCCACAUUGUGCCGAUAAAGCAGAAGGAUCUCAGAGAUGGGGGCCUAUACACCAGGCUCAGGGACCCUACAGAAAGCACGGAGUUCAGCUUCACUAGGUUCUUGACGCCAUAUCUGGCGGGGUACAUGGGGUGGGCCAUGUUUGUGGACUGCGACUUCCUGUAUACAGCGGACAUCAAGCAGCUGACCGAGUUGAUAGACGACAAAUAUGCCGUCAUGUGCGUGAAGCACGACUAUGCCCCCACUUCUCCUACCAAGAUGGAUGGUCAGAUCCAGACAACGUAUCCCCGCAAAAACUGGAGCAGCAUGGUUCUAUAUAAUUGCGGGCAUCCCAAGAAUCGUAUUCUCACCCCCGAGCUCGUGAGUCAAGAAAGUGGGGCCUUCUUGCACAGAUUCCAAUGGCUUGACGACGAGGAUAUUGGGAACGUUCCCGAGACGUGGAAUUGGCUGGUGGGGCACAACAAGCGGCCAGAAGACGGCAAGCCGCCAAAGGCCAUUCAUUACACGUGCGGGGGGCCAUGGUUCAAGGAGUACGCCCAGUGUGAAUACGCCGAGCUUUGGGUAGCCGCUGAAAAGGUGAGCUUACAGCGGGAGCUUCCAGAAUAA